AUGGCAGGUGAUACAUCUUCCCAAGCCGGAAACAAUGGUCUCUAUCCCUACUCCCCUAGUGAGGUCGGCGCGAUCCUCUUUGCUGGACUCUUCGGCCUAAGUACACUCUAUCAUCUUUUCCAGAUGAUCAGAGGACGAGCAUGGUUUUACACUGCAUUCGUCGUCGGAGCAACAAUGAUGACGGUCGGUUACGCAGCCCGCUACCUUUCUGCUCAGUCCCCCGCCAAACUGAUGACCUACAUCCUUCAAUCGCUCUUCAUAAUCCUGCCUCCCUCUCUUUACGCCGCAACAAUCUAUAUGAUCUACGGACGCCUCGUUAUAUUCGUAAACGCUGAACACGCAUCAAUUAUCCGACCUACACGGGUAACCAAGAUCUUUGUUUGCGGUGAUGUCCUCGCAUUCCUCAUGCAGGCCAGUGGUGGAGGUAUGAUGGCGCAGGCUAGCAUGACAGACAUGGGACAGAAGAUCAUGUUGCUCGGACUGUUUGUGCAGUUGUUGUUCUUUGGGUUCUUUGUGGUGAUUAGUGUCAUCUUCUAUAUGAGGAUGAGGAGUUCGCCACAGAGACAUACCAUCCCACAGUAUGGAAAGUAUGGGUGGCCGGCUUUGUACAAACUUCUCGCCAUUGCGGCCGUCGUCAUCAUCCUCCGAUGCAUCUAUCGCGUGAUUGAGUUUGCACAGGGUCACAGUGGAUAUUUGGCUUCCCAUGAGGUUUACAUGUAUAUCUUCGAUACGCUACCCAUGUUCGUGGUUCAGGUUUUGUUUCAUGCUUGCGACGAAGAAAAGCCGCGAUGUUCGCACUGCGUCCGGCACGAAGUUGCAUGUGUAUAUCCAGAGUUGGUGCCACCGCGAGCCAAAAGUUCAAGCGCAGCCGCAAUAUCACCCGGACUGCCGCCAACAACUCCAGAUGCAUUACUACGCUUGGCUACACCUCAGAACGAUCCUUUCGCGGCCAGCACACCAUGCUCAGAAACGAACAUUAUUCCCUCGUUUUCGCUCAAAGACAUGUCUUUGUUGCACCAUUGGACAGUAGCCACGAGCCAUUCGAUACUACCGGGCGUGCCAGCAGUCAACCGACUUUGGCAGGAUGUUUACCCAGAAAUUGCAUAUAACCACGCUUACAUGAUGCAUAGUCUCAUCAGUGUCUCAGCUUUACAUAUUGCCUAUGUUCGUCCAAGCGAUAGACGCGCAAAUCUGCACAUUGCCGCGCAUCACCACACGCUCGCUCUUAGCGGGUUCAGGGCAGACACUUACUCCAUCAGACCAGAAAAUGCCGAUGCAAUACUGGCCACUUCAACACUCAUGUUUUUCUACGCCUUUUGUACAUUCUCCAAACUUUCAGACGAAAUAGUGGGCAUACAGCAUGAUGGCGACAGUGCCAGCAUCUCAGCUCGUACAUCGCGUAUCCUAGGUGCAGAAUGGAUACCACUAAUCCACGGCGUAGGGACCGUGAUACGUCCGGUAUUCGAGUACCUCAAAGAAGGACCUUUGCGAUCACAACUCCAUCUGAAGGACUGGGAUACUAUGGACCCUGACGUACACCCUGGGCCGGAUGACGAGCACUUGUUGCGCAUCAAACAAACUUGGGCGGAAGACGAACACAAAGCAAUUUACGACGAGGCGUUGUACGUCUUAAGAAAGAUGAGUGCGUGGGAGGCACAUUUCAACAAUACUUGGGAGACGCAACAAGAGGAGUGGGGAUACAAUGGUGGCUAUUCUGCUCCGUUCGUCUGGUUAUCAGUAGUCCCCAAAGAGUACUUCAAGCUACAGCGGCAAAGGCAGCCUUUGGCUUUGCUCAUCUUUGCCUAUUUUGGUGCACUACUAGAGCAGAUUCUUCAGCAUUGGUGGACAGAUAGUUGCGGGAAGAGUAUCGUCGAUGUGGUCGAUGACUGCCUAGGAUCGUAUUGGGCUGAAUGGAUGGCAUGGCCAAAACAAGUUGUCAACCAACAGCAGCAACAACGUUAUCAGCGAAAAGCCGAGAGCUGA